CAUUACUCAAGUAAAUUUCGAUUUCUGUUUUCACAGGAUGGGGAACAACAGGGACAAAGACACUUCUACAGUCAAUGUCAACAAUACCAAACAUCCUAUUAAUACUGAAGAAGUGGAAGCAUCAACAGUCCAGCACUCUUUUCUGUUGUUGGCGUGUUUGGGGAUGCUUUGUGUCGUUCUGGUUGGAAAAGUCAUCUACAUGAGUGUGACGACAAACAAGCAGCAUGAAAAUAUCAACAGACUUACAACUGAAAGAAGUCACCUGGUUCAGCAACAAAAGCAGAUGGAGAACCAGAUGGAGAAGCUGAUCCGAGAGAAAGACGUGUUCUUGAUCAGAGAAGAAAUGUUUGACGCCAGAGAGAAUAUUAAAAGAACCAGAGAGCAGCUGAGCAGAGAAUUAGCAGAGCUGAUCCGAGACAGAGAGAAGUUGAGCCAAGACAGAGAGGAACUGAACAGAGACUUAGAGCAGCUGAGCCAAGACAGAGAGAAUGUGACCCAAGACAGAGUGAAGGUGACCCAAGACAGAAAGAAGCUGAGGCAAGAAAGAGAGAAGCUGAGCCACGACACAGAGCAGCUGAGCCGAGACAGGGCGGAGCUGAAUCGAAAUGAAACGGUGCUUAUCAAAGAAGAAGAGGAACUGGACAAAGAGAUGGAGAACCUGGACCAACAAACAGAAGAGCUGAACAAAGAGGAAAAGAAGCUGAGCAAAGAGAAAUAUUUACUGAACGAAAUGAAAGAGAACACGAAGAGAGAUAGAGAGACGCUGAAGAAAGACAAGGAGAAGCUGAACAAAGAUCAAGAGCAGCUGAGAAAAGAGGAACAGGAGCUGGGCUCAGUCAAGGACCUAAAAGGCAGAACAGAAGACUUGGUAAAAGAGGAAGAGAACCUGGAAAAAGAGAAAGCAGAGCUGAGCAAAAACAAAACGGAGGUAAACAACCAGAAAGAGAAGCUGAGGCAAGAGCAAAAGGAGCAUAGCAAAGAAGAAGAAGAACUGCAGAAAAAGGAACAGGAGCUGACAAAAAAGAAAGGGGAGCUGAGCAAAAAGAAGGAUGACUUCCACAAAAAGAAAGAUGAGCUGAGAAAAGAGAAAGAGGAGCUGAACAAAAAUGAAGAUCAGUUGAACAAAGAGAAAGAUGAGCUAACAAAAGAGAAAGAGAGACUGAGCAAAAAGGAAGAGGAGCAAAGCAAACAGAAAGAGGAGCUGAGCACAAAGAAACAGGAGCUGAUCAAAACAAGAGUGGAGCAGAACAAAGAGAAAGAAGAGCUGAACAAAAUGAAAGCAGAGCUUACCAAACAGAAAGAAGAAUUGAAUAAAAAGAGAGUGGAAAUAAACAAAGGGGAAGGGGAGCUGAUAAAAGACAAAUAUGAGCUGAGCAACAUAACAAAGGAGCUGGACAAGGAGAAAGAGGAGCUGGACAAAGAGAAAGAGGAGCUGAGAGUAUCGAGAGAGGAAGAAGAGAAUCGAUGCAAAGAGACAGCGGACCUGAAGCGUUUUAAGAAAUUCGUCUUGCAGCAUAAAAACUUUCCAGUUUCAGAGUUCUGUCCUGAACAUAGUAAUUAUAUUUCUACAUUAUCUCUGAAACUCUUGAUUACUCAUUUUAUUUUUGAAAUAUUCUGUUAUAAACAGUUUUUCAAGACAUAGCUGACCAUUAUUAUCACAGGUUGAGUGCUGAAGGUCACUUUUCUGACAACAAAGUGAGCCAGUAAAAUGAAGUCAUUAGCAACAGGUUUACAGCCAAGUUUUAAUUUCAGAGAAUAUUGUUUUUGUUUUUUAGUGAACCCUGUGGUAUGCCACUUCUGACUAGAAUGAUAUCGUAAUUUAAUCACCUUCCAAUAUUGAUCUGCACUCUACCUUUAAAAGCUUUGCUUGAGUAAUUUUAAUGAUUAAAAUAUUAA